AUGGCAACGGGGAGCAAAGCAAUACUGGCUCUCGCCAUACUCGCCGCAUCCUUGUCCGUCUCGCGCGCCGUGACAUCGUCCUACGUGCGGCCCAAGCCGAGGACGACGCUCUCCGAGCUCAAAUCCGUUCUUGAGGACGCCCAAGGCCAGACGCCACAGCAGGUGCACGUAUCAACCGUGGGCUCUGACAGGAUGAGGGUGACAUGGAUCACCGAAGAUGAUGCACCGCCGAUCGUAGAGUACGGCACGAUCUCAGGCCAGCAGUACCCAUUCUCAGAGACCGGAACAACCACGAGCUACUCAUACCUGGCCCUCUACCACUCAGGCAACAUCCACGACGCCGUCAUCGGCCCGCUGAAACCCAGCACGACGUACUACUACCGGUGCAGCGCCGACCGGUCGCGCGAGUUCUCCUUCCGGACGCCGCCGCCCAGCCUCCCCUUCGAGUUCGUCAUCGCCGGUGACCUCGGCCAGACCGGAUGGACGAAGACGACGCUGCAGCACAUCGCCGCCGCCGACUACGACAUGCUCCUCCUCCCCGGCGACCUAUCGUACGCCGACUUCUUCCAGCCACGCUGGGACUCUUACGGCCGCCUAGUGGAGCCGCUGGCGAGCGCGCGGCCGUGGAUGGUGACCCAGGGCAACCACGAGAUCGAGAAGGUGCCCCUCCUUGAGCCGCGCGCCUUCAAGGCCUACAAUGCGCGGUGGCGCAUGCCGUUCGACGCCGGCGCCUCGCCGUCGGGAUCGAACCUCUACUACUCGUUCGACGUGGCCGGCGGCGCCGCGCACGUCAUCAUGCUGGGCUCGUAUACCGACUACGUGGCCGGCACGGCGCAGCACGAGUGGCUGCAAGGCGACCUCGCCGGGAUCGACCGCCGUAAAACGUGCUUCGUGGUGGCGCUGGUGCACGCGCCGUGGUACAACAGCAACAAGGCCCACCAGGGGGAGGGCGACGCCAUGCGGGACGCCAUGGAGGCGCUGCUCUACGGCGCUCGCGUGGACGCGGUGUUCGCCGGCCAUGUGCACGCGUAUGAGCGGUUCACGCGCGUGUACGAGGACAGGGAGGAUCCGUGCGCGCCGGUGUACGUGACGAUCGGCGACGGCGGGAACCGGGAAGGGCUCGCGGCGAAGUACAUGUACAUCGACCCGCAGCCGAAGACUUCUGUGUUUCGGGAGGCGAGUUUUGGGCAUGGAAGGCUGCAGGUGGUGAACGCGACGCAUGCGCUUUGGACGUGGCACCGGAACGACGACGACGAGCCUGUGGUGGCCGAUCGCGUGUGGAUCACCAGCCUAGCAUCCAAGCCGGCUUGUAACAAGUGA